AUGGAUCGAGAACCUUGUCCUUGGCGUAUUGUUGAUGAUUGUGGUGGUGCAUUUGCAUUAGGAGCGAUAGGUGGAACAUUGUUUCAUUCGAUCAAAGGUUUCCGUCAUGCUCCAAGUGGUCAAUACAGACGAUUAAUUGGUAGUUUAAAUGCAGUCAAACAACGAGCUCCUCGUGUUGGAGCAUCGUUUAGUGCAUGGGGUUGCAUAUUUUCAUUAAUUGAUUGUAGUUUUGUGUAUCUAAGAAAAAAAGAAGAUCCAUGGAAUUCAAUUUUGAGUGGUGCAAUGACCGGAGCUAUUUUACAAGCGAGACAGGGACCAGGAGCUAUGUUUGGUUCAGCUGUUAUUGGUGGAUUUAUUCUUGCUAUGAUUGAAGGAACUGGUAUUUUGAUUAACCGUUAUAGUCAAAUGUUUAUGCCACCAGCAGCACUGGAAGAACCAGCAUCUGAGCUUGAUAAAAGCAAAGUCGAUCUUUCUAUUCCACCAUUUCUCGAUUCGUCUCCUGGACAAUCCUCUACUGCAUCUGGUCAUUUUUCAUGA